GAAACAUAAUAUCCCAACAAAUCCAAAAUCCACUCAUUCCAUUUGAAAAUUCUCAUCAAACAAGCACAGACUUUUAUAUUUCAUUACACUUUAAACGAAAUCUCCAAAUUCACAGUGAUUAUGUCCUAAAUAACUAACUAAACCAACAAAACACUAGAAAUAUUUCAUUAAAACAGUGUUUUUGACACUCAGCUAACAUGGAUGCUAUGUCUAAAAAGGAGCGGCUGGCUCGUGGGUCAGCCGUGAUCAAAGUGAUGAGGGUGAAUCCGCGGCCGGGUCGAUUUCUCAAGUCCUAUGUCGAUCCCCGCAAACUGCCCAAGCGUGUCAAGGCCAUGACCAAAGAGGGGGUAGCUGCCAUGGCCGCUGGAAUGCCGCAUCUGGAUGUGAGUGAUGCUAUAUUUGAGUUCUCGCCCGCUUCAGCCAAGGUGCAGGGACCGAAUCUGUCGUUGAAUGUGGGGGAACCCGCCAAGUGCGACUUCGAUGAGCCGACUGAAGAGGUCGACGCAGCAGCCGUUGGAGUGCCUGAAGGGGACAAGCUGAUGGAGUGGUUCAGCUACCGGCAGUGGGCCAAGAUCACGAACCCGGCCUAUGACGGCAACAUGGCCUACCACUUUGACGUGAUGCUCGGCCUGCUGAUCAGCAUGGCCAACGACAAGGACAACAAGGAGUUUCCCGACACGGAGGCCUUCCCUUGCGUCCAGUUUCUGCGCACCAUCAAAACGCCCGAGGGAGAUGUGCCUCCCAACUGUAUGGCAUUCAUAUCCUACAUUCAGUACGUCUGUCAAAAGAUGUUGGACGAGGGCUGAUUCUAAAUGCCGACAUUUCAAUAUUAUUGAAAUAAAACUAUAACAUGAUACACAUAAUAA